AUGAUUGUCACUGGCAAGGAAAUCUUUAACCCCGGUGUCCCGGAUCUUCCCUCUAAAGACCAAGUCGUUGCACUGUGCCGCCAGAAAGGUCUCGAUGCUAAUCAUCUAACAUACACUACUGCGCAUGGGAAGAUCUUCUUCAUCAAGUAUAACAGUGUCAAAAUGGCCGAAGCCCAUGCUCAGCUGGUUCUUUCACUCUCGCAUCAACGCAAAGUCCCAGUUCUUCGGAUUCUCAACUGUGGGACCGGCCAGGAUCACGGUACCGUUGACUUCAGCGAUGAGGCACUAUUAUGCUACUACGGCGAUAUUUACCGAGAGAACUUCCCCGUCGAUCGGUUGGGGACUCUCUGGGUCGUCGAUUUUGAUGUCACGGGCGUGCUUCAAGCGAGCUUUGCCAGCUGGCCUUUGAACACGAGGUAUAAGCACCCUCUACCCAUCCCCAUUCGGAGGACGCCUAAUGAACCAGAUGACUUUCUUAGCGCGACCAAGUAA